GGAACGACGCCGUGGGGUUUCAUUCAUACACCCGGGACGUGGGCUCGUAGCACUCGCGUCUGCACUCCGGUCUUGGCAUGGGCUCCUGGGUCGUGGCUCGGGUCCUGGCUUUGGGACAGCCGUACAUCUAAUUCCUGAGAGCUGCUUUCUAUGUGAAGCCAGCAGAGGAUCAAAAAGAUGCCUCCACGGCCAUCUUCGGGUGAACUGUGGGGCAUCCACUUGAUGCCCCCUCGAAUCCUCGUAGAAUGUUUACUACCAAAUGGAAUGAUAGUGACGUUAGAAUGCCUCCGUGAGGCUACACUAAUCACCAUAAAACACGAACUGUUUAAAGAAGCCAGAAAAUACCCUCUCCAUCAACUUCUGCAAGAUGAGUCUUCUUACAUUUUCGUAAGUGUUACCCAAGAAGCAGAAAGAGAAGAAUUUUUUGACGAAACAAGACGCCUUUGUGACCUUCGGCUUUUUCAACCCUUUUUAAAAGUAAUUGAACCAGUAGGCAACCGUGAAGAAAAGAUCCUCAACCGGGAGAUCGGUUUUGUUAUUGGCAUGCCAGUGUGUGAAUUUGACAUGGUUAAAGAUCCGGAAGUUCAGGACUUCCGAAGAAACAUUCUAAAUGUCUGCAAAGAAGCCGUGGACCUUAGGGACCUCAACUCCCCUCACAGCAGAGCAAUGUAUGUCUACCCUCCAAAUGUAGAGUCCUCGCCAGAACUGCCAAAGCACAUCUACAAUAAGUUAGAUAAAGGACAAAUAAUAGUGGUGAUUUGGGUAAUAGUUUCUCCAAAUAAUGACAAGCAGAAGUAUACCUUGAAGAUCAACCACGACUGUGUGCCCGAACAAGUCAUUGCCGAAGCAAUCAGGAAGAAAACCCGCAGCAUGCUGCUGUCCUCAGAGCAGCUGAAGCUCUGCGUGCUGGAGUAUCAGGGCAAGUACAUCCUGAAGGUGUGUGGGUGUGACGAGUACUUCCUAGAGAAAUACCCGCUCAGCCAGUACAAGUACAUAAGAAGCUGUAUCAUGCUUGGGAGGAUGCCUAACCUGAUGCUGAUGGCUAAGGAAAGCCUUUACUCUCAGCUGCCUACGGACUGCUUCACAAUGCCGUCUUACUCCAGGCGCAUCUCCACAGCCACGCCGUACAUGAAUGGAGAGACAUCCACAAAAUCCCUCUGGGUUAUAAACAGCGCACUCAGAAUCAAAAUUCUCUGUGCAACCUACGUGAAUGUAAAUAUUCGAGACAUUGAUAAGAUCUAUGUUCGAACAGGCAUCUACCAUGGAGGUGAACCCUUAUGUGACAAUGUGAAUACUCAACGAGUACCUUGCUCCAAUCCUAGGUGGAAUGAGUGGCUGAAUUACGACAUAUACAUUCCUGACCUUCCUCGCGCUGCUCGACUUUGCCUUUCCAUUUGCUCUGUUAAGGGCCGAAAGGGCGCUAAGGAGGAGCAUUGCCCACUGGCCUGGGGAAACAUCAACUUGUUUGAUUACACUGAUACCCUAGUAUCUGGGAAAAUGGCUUUGAAUCUUUGGCCAGUGCCUCAUGGAUUAGAAGAUCUGCUUAACCCAAUUGGUGUUACUGGGUCAAAUCCAAACAAAGAAACACCAUGCCUGGAGCUGGAGUUUGAUUGGUUCAGCAGUGUGGUGAAGUUUCCAGACAUGUCGGUGAUUGAAGAGCAUGCCAACUGGUCUGUGUCCCGAGAAGCAGGAUUUAGUUAUUCCCAUGCAGGACUGAGUAACAGACUGGCUAGAGACAAUGAACUAAGAGAAAAUGACAAAGAACAACUUCGAUCGAUUUGCACACGGGACCCUCUGUCUGAAAUCACUGAGCAAGAGAAGGAUUUCCUGUGGAGCCACAGACACUAUUGUGUAACUAUUCCUGAAAUUCUACCCAAAUUGCUUCUGUCUGUUAAAUGGAAUUCCAGAGAUGAAGUAGCCCAGAUGUACUGUUUAGUAAAAGACUGGCCACCAAUCAAACCAGAGCAGGCCAUGGAGCUUCUGGACUGUAAUUAUCCAGAUCCUAUGGUUCGAAGUUUUGCUGUUCGGUGCUUGGAAAAGUAUUUAACAGAUGACAAACUUUCUCAGUACCUGAUUCAGCUUGUACAGGUCUUAAAAUAUGAACAAUAUUUGGAUAACCUGCUUGUAAGAUUUUUACUUAAGAAGGCACUGACAAAUCAGAGGAUUGGGCACUUUUUCUUCUGGCAUUUAAAGUCUGAGAUGCACAAUAAGACAGUAAGUCAGCGGUUUGGCCUACUGCUAGAGUCCUACUGCCGAGCCUGUGGGAUGUAUUUGAAGCAUUUGAAUCGACAGGUGGAGGCCAUGGAGAAGCUCAUCAACCUAACUGACAUUCUCAAGCAGGAGAAGAAGGAUGAGACCCAGAAGGUACAGAUGAAGUUUUUAGUGGAGCAGAUGAGGCAGCCUGAUUUCAUGGAUGCCCUACAGGGCUUUCUUUCUCCUCUCAACCCUGCUCACCAACUAGGAAAUCUCAGGCUUGAAGAAUGUCGAAUCAUGUCCUCUGCCAAAAGGCCCCUGUGGUUGAAUUGGGAGAAUCCAGACAUCAUGUCCGAGUUACUGUUUCAGAACAAUGAGAUCAUCUUUAAAAACGGCGAUGAUUUACGGCAAGAUAUGCUAACACUUCAGAUCAUUCGCAUUAUGGAAAAUAUCUGGCAAAAUCAAGGUCUUGAUCUUCGAAUGCUGCCUUAUGGCUGCCUGUCCAUCGGGGACUGCGUGGGGCUCAUUGAGGUGGUCCGAAACUCUCACACCAUCAUGCAGAUCCAGUGCAAAGGAGGCCUGAAGGGUGCUCUGCAGUUCAACAGCCACACGCUGCACCAGUGGCUCAAAGACAAGAACAAGGGAGAGAUCUACGAUGCAGCUAUUGACUUGUUCACGCGCUCCUGCGCCGGGUACUGCGUUGCUACCUUCAUUUUGGGAAUUGGAGACCGGCACAACAGUAACAUCAUGGUGAAAGACGAUGGACAGCUGUUUCAUAUAGAUUUUGGACACUUCCUGGAUCACAAGAAGAAAAAAUUUGGUUAUAAACGAGAGCGUGUACCAUUUGUUCUGACACAAGAUUUCCUAAUAGUGAUAAGCAAAGGUGCCCAGGAGUGCACAAAGACCAGAGAAUUUGAAAGGUUUCAGGAGAUGUGCUACAAGGCUUAUUUAGCCAUUCGACAACAUGCCAAUCUCUUCAUCAAUCUGUUCUCCAUGAUGCUCGGCUCUGGAAUGCCAGAGCUACAAUCUUUUGAUGACAUUGCAUAUAUUCGAAAGACUCUAGCCUUAGAUAAAACCGAGCAAGAGGCUUUGGAAUACUUCACGAAGCAAAUGAAUGAUGCACAUCAUGGUGGCUGGACGACAAAAAUGGACUGGAUCUUCCACACAAUUAAGCAGCACGCAUUGAACUGAAGCGUGACUGAGACCGGAAGCCCAGGGUUAGCUUCUCUGCUGCACAGCCAGUAACUGUCAUCGGCGAAGCUGACAGCGUAGGAGCUGCACAGCUCGUGGAAGCGUAGAACUCCAGCAAGAACGGGAAUCAGUUGAAUGCUACAUAACUUCAAUACUGUAAACGCAAACAGGGUUUGAUAGCACUAAACUAGUUCAUUUCAAAAUGAAGCUUUAGAAUAACGCGCAAUUUCAUGUUAUGCCUUAAGUCCAAAAAAAGGUAAACUUUGAAGAUUGUUUGUAUCUUUUUUUAAAAAACAAAACAAAAAUCCCCAAAAUAUAUACAAAAUGAUGGAGAAGGAAAAACAAUGAUGUUCUAUUUGUCUUGCCAACGUUCUGUGUUUUAAAAUGUGAACACAGCAAAGGCUGUUAAUUGCAUUGGGUCUAAGUAAACUGGAGUUUAUGUUAAAUUAUACAAGAUUGGAAAAGAAUGAAAAUUUAUUAUUUUCCCAUUGCUGUUCAAACUUCAUAUUUGAAAUGGGGUUUUUGACUCCUUGUUUAAUGAAGAAACAUGCGUGGGGUGGAAGGGACUCUCAAGAUUUCACCGAGACUUUUUCUUUUUAAUAAAUCAAACCUUUUGAUGGAUUUGGGGUCUUACCUGCACAGUUUUGGAAGCAGUCACAAAUGAGACCUGUUAUAAGGUGGUGUUUUUUUGGUUUUCGUUGUUUUUGUUUUUGUUUUUCUGGACAGUAUUUACAAGGUUGUGACUUAUUUCCUAGGGAAAUUCUGGGCUCCCAACAAGUAAACUAAUCAUCAUAGAGAAAGAAUGACAGGAGAAUUUCUUGUUCCAGAAUUGUACAGUAUUCACUUUAAGUUGAUCUUUUUCUCCUUUUACAGUUGAACUGAAUACAUUUUUUCAUGCAUGUUUUCCAGAAAAUAGAAGUGAGUAUUAAUGUUAUUAAAAAGAUUAUUUUUUUUAUUAAAGGCUAUUUAUAUUAUAGAAACUAUCAUUAAUAUAUAUUCUUUAUUUACAUAAUCUGUCCCAUAGUCAUGCAUUGUUUUGCACCCCAAAUUUUUUAUUGUUGGAAACAGCAUGGUUAGCUUUUCUCUUGUCUGUAGAUGAGGCUCAGGCACAAGUCCCUUUAUGCCAAUAUCAAGUUUAGAGCUCCUUCAGGAAAACCAGCUGAGCGGCACCCACGUUCCUUUUACUGCUGUCUGUUUCAUUGUGAAUCCCUCACCUUCCAUCCAUUCAUAGCUGAGAAUGGCACAAUCAUAUGAAAUCAGUUUAUUCUAUCAUCCUGAUUCCACACGCCUUUACUGUGGUGUGGUCUUGAACGACACUUUUUACUACGGGAGUAUAGAAACCAUAAUCUUACCUUCUUAAGCUAUGAGCCCACAUCUCAAUAGAAAACAUAGGAAUUAAACCAUUUGAAGAUCAUGUCCCAUUUCCAGUGGUCAGGUCUUGCUCCACCCUCAUUCAGUCUCACUUGAGCACAGGACACAUUCGUCAGCAUUUUGAAACGCAUUCGCGCUGUAGGAGCUCGUGCUAGUCAUCUCUGUAGACACCGUACGCAGUAUUUGAAAUGAAUGACUCAUGUCCUAGGAAAUAGCUUUAGCAAAUGUUCAGGUGCCACACCAAAAAAAAAAAAAAAAAGUGCAAUAAUUUACUGCCGUUUCCUAGAUUAGAUGUAUUAUCAGAGAACUUCCUUAUAGAGUGCACAUCCUACACUCUAGUAAACAGCUUUGCUUUAAAAUACUCAUGUGUGAAGUGAACACCUAUAGUAGAUGUUUUCAGUAGUGAGCGGGACUCUAUAAAAAUACUCUUACUAUCUGGCUGUCAGAGCCCUUAAAGGGUAUAAUUAUUGAAGACUUAGUACUUCACUAAAGCAUGUAUAUACUAUUGCCAACGAGAAACAAAUCUGAUUAGGGGAACUUAGUUCUGUAAACUGUUUUGAAUAGUUAAGCAGAAUUUAAACUCUGUUUUAAGCAGAAAACUAGAUAGAUUCUUUUGCAGAUACAGAAAACUUCAUAACUUAUUUAAGCUUCACAUUUAAGACUUUGUGUUACUUAGAUAAAUGCAGUUGAUAUAUACUAUCAUCCCAGUCUUUCUCUAUCAGGGAUUGAUUGUAGGAAAACUCAGUGACAUGGUACAAAUUUGGUGGAAACUGAAGAAUUGACAGACAACUGUUUUACCCGAGUGCCAAAAAAGCCAUGAGCCUCCUUGCAUAAAAUUUAUGUUGUUUUUGCAUUUUCUUUUACAUUAGACUAAAUGGUUAGCCCAGCACUAUAAGCCAGGAUGGUCUCUAGCAUUGGAAUGUAGAAAUCACAUAGCUUAUUUCAUCACUUAUGUUUACUGUCAAGAAUUACUACAAUCACAUAAAUUCUGUUUGGAGAAGUGUAGGCACAUUCUGUAAAGAGCAUAGAUUACAUGAUCCAAGAAAGAAAGAAGAGCAGGUAACAGUCCAAAGAUCAGAUCUUCCAUUGAAAGCUCCAUGGGAUGGUUCUCAUACGACUGUCCUUGUCAUUGAGUAGGGUGUAAAUGACUUUUGACUACACAGCUUCAUGAAGUCACUUGAAAAUAUUUCUUCAGUAGUGAUUCUGGGAGGAAGGAAAGCACUUCUAAAGAAAAGCUAUAUUGUAGUGAGAAAUACUCAACUGCUUUGAAAAAUGAUGCUUUAACUUUUUACCAUAUUCUCAGCUAUACAAAAACAUUUAUUUUGAAGAUUUUCAGACUGCUGUUUAUUUGAAAUCUGUUCAUCUUAUUGUGAAAUUUGGUAUUUUUAAAAAAAGAUGUUUCUAAUUGGAUUUUUUUUAAAUAAGAGUGGAAUUUGGUUGCUCUUUUAUGAUAGAACCUAAGCUUUCUGUGGUUCUCAGUGUCCUGUGUAAAAACCUAGUGUCAGAGUCGUCACCUUCAAGGCUGUCCCUUCUCUUCUGCUUUAUACACAUGCCCUUUAUCAAGUGGGAACCUGGUGAAUAUAUAAUGAAUUGUAAAAUAUUUUAAUGUGUAACUUUUUCAACUGUGAAACUAUGACUCUUGGUUUUUUUAUGAAAAGAGCUGCUGGUAAAGUGUUUUGUGUGAAGUGUAGUUCUUACUAAUCAGGAAGAUGAGUGCUUGAUCAGACUGUGUAUGGCCCUUGACUUGAUUUUAAAUGGCUUGGGGAUUUUCAUGGAGGGAAACACAGGCCAUCUGUGUUCUUUGCCCAUCAGAAACCAAUUUAGCACUUUAAAAAAAGUUGUGAGCAGCCUAUUUUAAAGUGAAAAUCUCACAGCACAUAAACUUGGAUUUGUUUAUUUAAUUGAUUAUGAAAAUCCAUUUAAUAUUUUGAUCAGUAAUCCAAGCUUGCCAACUCUUUGAAAAUGUUUAAUUUUCAGCAGUAUGUUCAGACAAGUAUGUUAACUUUUUCUGAACAUUGUAAAUUUCGCUUGUUUCUAUUCUACACAGACCACAGAACUGGGCUGGACCCACAUACUUAAAGUCCACGAUAGAGUUAUUUUGAAGUCCACAACAUCACUAGAAGAUUCCAUUUAAGUAUGUGGCUUCAUAGACUGUGGUGCUUGUACUAUUGAAAGACAUUUUCCAUACUUGAGAUGUUUGGGAAGGAGGGAGUGUAAAGGGAGGGGCUGAGCAGGGAGGAGUCCUGAAUGACUUGAAUUUUUCAUCCCAGUCCUGCUCACAUGGGCAUGGCUAUGAGAAGGCUGAAAGCUGUGCACGUUUACUGUACACAGUAGAGGAAUUAAUUCCUCCUCCAGGCUGGGAUUCUGGAAGGUAGUCCAACCUGGGCAGCAUCUCCAUAACUCCCAGUACAGGAGAGCACAGCUAGGCGGGUUUGAAAGUACAAGCAAGAAACCAUUGUAAUUAGCACAAUAACACAUCUUACAUGCUAUGGCCUGGGAAGCCUAUUUUCUCAUAAAAAUUACUUUCAUUCUGGAAAAAUUAUGGGAUUUAGCUAGCAGUAACUAUGUUCCUGCUAAAAUUGGAUUGGUAAUCGGCUUCUGAGGGUUAAUGGGGCCAAAGACAGAUGAGUCACCAUUCACUACCUCAGGCUCUCAUGUUACAGAAACCUUGUGCAGUACUGUAUUUUAGAUUUACAAGUCAGAGUUGGCGUGCCUUGUUUUUAAUGGUACAGAAGAUGUUAAGAAAAACUCAGGGUGGGGGCUAGCUCAGCAGUUAAAGGUGCUUGCUUGCAAAGCCUGCCAGCCUGGGUUUAAUUCCUCAGCCACCUGCGUAAAGAUGGAAGCCAAAAGCGGCACAACUGCCUCGCAUUCAUUCGCAACAGCAAGAGGUUCUGCCACAUCCAUACACACACACACACACACACACACACACACGUGCACAAACAAAACUUCUUUUUAAAAAGAACAAUGUGGAACUAAAUUUAAUAUUGCUCCAGAUAUUUAGAAAAGGCUGUAGUGCAGAAAAGGUACAUGGUACCAAACUAGAAUUUGGCAUUUAAAACUCAUUUUGUUCUUUUUUUCAUUAUUUGGUGCAUUUAGUGUGUGUACUUUGCUAACCCUGACAAGAGGGAUCUUUUAUUAAAACUAUAAGCAAACAUCAAGGUUCUAAGAUUGAGCAAAGUAGAAUUGAUUAGCAGUCUCCCAAGUUGGGGUGCUAGUCUUGAGAUGAGUGUAUUCAUUCACUCAAGAGCUCCACUUGGCCACCGUGUGCACCCUCUUGCCAUCAGCUCAGUGCCGGUCCUCUUGCUUGGCUGUUACGUAUAGUACCAUUCCAGCCAUCCAAGUGACCAGGCAGUGGCUCCUGUGAACCAUAAAGAUGUUUUCUGGCUUAAGUUUUACACAACUACAUAAAAGAAAUAAUUUAUGGAGGAGAUUAAAAUGGGUCGUGUGUGUGUGUAUAACUGAUCCAUUCUUCAUGUUGGUGAGUACAAAAACAUUUUAAAUACAUUUUAUAAGCCAAGUAGACUAUCUUUAACCUCAUUUAAUCUGUCACUACAAGAAUUUUGUGACAGAACCAUGUAUUUUUACUUUUUUUUGGUAAUCCUUCUAAGUUAGCAAGGAGGCAGAAAGCCUUCACUGUUUUCUAUUAAUAAUAUUAAGCUCCUGGGGUGUGGGAUGUAGCUUAGUUGGUAAAGCACUUGCCUAGCAUGCACAAGGCCCUGGGCUUGAUCCCCAGCAUGGCAUAAACUUAGAUAUGGUAUAGUAGGGCCCAAAACUCAAGGUCUUCCUCAGCUAAAUAGCAAGUUCAAGACCAGCUUGGGAUAUUUGAGACCCUUUCUCAAAAAAUAAAAAUAAGACCAAGUGUGGCAGACACCUUUAAUUUCAGUACUUGGGAGUCAUAGGUAGGAGGAUCACCAGGAGCUUGAGGGCACCCUGAGACUACAUAGUAAAUUGCAGGUCAGCUUGGGCUAGAGUGAGACCUUACCCCAAAAUAAAUAAAUAUAGCAAAUAAAUAAAUGUAAAACUCCUUAAUUCUAGCACAAAUCUCCAAAUAUCAUCAUCACUGAUUUCAUAAGAAAAAGUCCCUUAUUAGAUUGAAUGUAAAUUCUUAAGAGUGGUUGGUUGGAGAACUUGAACUUUAUAUGAUUUUUAGCAAUUUUUUUGACUGUGGAACCCAAAAGCAUUUCUUUUUUUUUAAUUUGCGAGAGAGUGGAAGAGGCAGAUAGAGACAGGAUGGACACAUCAGGGCCUCCAGCUGCUGCAAAUGAACUUCAGGUGUAUGUAGCACCUUGCGCAUCUGGCUUAUGUGGGUCCUAGGGAAUCAAACCUGGGUCCUUCGACUUUGCAGGCAAGCGCCUUAACCACUAAGCCAUCUCUCCAACCCACAAAGCUUUUUCGUUGUUCUUAUCUAUUGGUAGUGGUGUUUGUUGAGAUGGCGUCUCACUCACCACACAGUCCUAGCUGGUCUCGAACUCAAGACCCUCCUGCCUCACCCUCCUCGGUGCUAAGAUGACAGGCACACACCAACUCCUAGAGCCACUUAAUGGUUUCAGUGGGGUUCAGUCUCUGGACUUAAUUUGACUAAAUAAAAUCUGAAACAAUAUGUAGUUGUAGAACAUAGCCCUUGAUGUCUGGGGAGACAGCAGUAUGGCAAGAACACCCCUGGCACCCCCAGUGUUGCCUCUUCAAACUUCAGUAAGGAGCUAGAGCACCCAUUCUGGACACACCACCUGUAGCGAACUUCCUUCUCUCUACGUUGCUCCUUCAAUGAAUCAAAGACCUGUGGUGUAAUGCACUGAUGAGGAGAAAAGUAUUUUUGACGUUCUCUUACUGAUAGCCCCAAGAAAUAUUUGACACAGCAAGAUAGCAUGUGCUAUUAUGUUAAAAUUACAGAACAACACAGCGUCUGGAACUUCAGACCUCUUCCCAGCCUCGCUGUUCCCGGCCACAACCCAGCCUGUACGGCCCUCACUGCAUGUGCUCCCCAGAAACUGUCAAUGUUUGCUUUACCCCAACGCUGCAGUCUGUAACAUCACGCUGUUUAUUAAAAACAAUUGCCUUGA